AUGCGGGAAGUCGUCAAUGCAUUCAAAGACAAGGGCGAUGCAACCGGCGUCAAGGCAGUUCAGUCGACCGGCCUCCACAUAGCCGGUGAGAAGUUCAUCGUGCUAAAGGCGGACGAGCGGAGUCUGUACGGCAAGAAGGGCAGAGAAGGCAUCGUCAUCGUCAAGACCACGCAAGCGCUCCUCGUCACGCACUAUCCCGAGACCGUACAGCCGGGCGCUGCCGCAAACACGGUGGAGCAGCUCGCCGAUUACCUGAUAGGCGUUGGAUACUAG